CGAAACACGGAAGAAAGAAAGAGCAACAACAAUUUUAUACAGCCGGCUGUGUGAUUAAACAUUUAAAUAAAAUCUACCGAUGAUGCCCAACCAGGGACUGGAGUCCAAGGAUGACGAGCUGCCGGCAAAUACCCUGGAACUGUUCACAGAACUGGACCAGGUGCUGCAAAUGAUUGAAAAUAUCAAAUCAAUCGAUGACGCCGCUUUCGAAAGAGAAUUUCAAAACUACGCCCAAGUGCUGUCCCGCUACCAAGAGCAGCCGCACUUGCUGGAUCCGCAUUUGGAGCUGCUGCUGGGUCGCCUGCUGGCCAAGAUUAGGGUGGAGGAUUCGCCAGUGGGUGAGCGUGAUGCAGCCUUCAAGUAUUUGUACAUCAUCUGCAAGGUGCGCACAUACAAAGUUCUGGUUAAAUUUAUGCCCCACGAGCUGAGCGAUCUGGAGUUUGUGCUGGAUCUGUUGGGCCAGCAGGAUCCCAAUGCACAUGAGAAAUGGGAGACACGCUACAUCCUGCUCCUGUGGAUGUCCAUUGUGGUGUUGAAUCCGUUUCACAUGUCCCGUCUGGAUGCAUACGAAACUUCGCCCAGUGUCCCAGCCGUCAACUGUGUGCUGACCAACAAUGUGCAGUCGAGCAAAUCCACCAAAAUGGAGCGCAUCUUCGAGCUCUGCAAGCUGUACGUCUCCACCAACGACACCUGUAGCAGCAUGGCCGCCUAUCUGGCUGCCAAAUUCUUCGUACGCAUCGACAUUAAGGACUUGUAUUUGGAGCGUUUCCUCGACUGGAUCAUUGGCCAGCAUCAGGCGGACACGGUGAAUGUUAAGUUCGGGCAACUGGCUGCCGUUGCGGCCAUUCUGAAGCAUGGCAAGCGCGAGGAUCUGCUGCCCUAUGCGGACAAGCUGCUGCAUUGGAUCACCUCCUGCCAGUACAAGGAUGGCAAUGACUUUCUCAAGUACAAGUUCUAUGUGAAAAUUGUGCAACGUUUGGGUUUGGUGCACCUUAAGCCACGCAUUGCCAGCUGGCGUUACAAAAGGGGCACCCGCUCACUGGCCACAAAUCUCAAUCAGCACCCGGGCGCCACUGGCGCUCAGUCUGCAGCUGCUGUUGAUGGCGCUGAUGGGGAUGCUGGCGAGGAGAUUAUUGUGCCCGAUGCCAUUGAGGAGGUGAUUGAGGAGCUGCUGCAAGCGCUGCGCAGUGGCGGCAAUGACAUUCGCUGGAGCGCCGCCAAGGGUCUGGGCAGGGUGACCAAUCGUCUGCCCAAAGAGCUGGCGGAUGAAGUAAUUGGCUCUGUGAUUGACAUACUGAAUCCCCUGGAGCCGCACGAGGCCUGGCAUGGCGGCUGUUUGGCUUUGGCAGAGCUGGCUAAGCGUGGGCUGCUGCUGCCGCAUCGCCUCGAGGAGCUGGUGCCGCUGCUAAUGCAGGCCUUGUUCUAUGACGAGAUGAAGGGCUACAUGUCCGUGGGUCAGCAUAUACGCGAUGCCGCCUGCUACAUGUGCUGGGCCUUUGCCCGUGCCUACAAUCCCGACGAUGUCAAGCCGUUUGUGCAGAAGAUCUCCUCGGGUCUACUCACAGUGGCGGUGUUUGAUCGCGAAGUGAAUUGCCGGCGUGCAGCGUCUGCUGCCUUUCAGGAGAGCGUUGGCCGUUUGGGCAACUUUCCCUUUGGCAUUGAGAUCUCAGUCACCACAGACUUUUUCUCCGUGGGCAUACGACAGAAUUCCUAUCUGAAUAUCAGCGAUUUCAUCGCACAAUAUGAGGUAUACCGAGAGCCUUUGAUCAGCCAUUUGGUGCAGCACAAAGUGGGCCACUGGGACACGACAAUACGCGAGCUAACAGCCAAGGCGCUGCACAAACUGACGCUCUGGGAGCCCGAGUACAUGGCAGCUGUGGUGCUGCCUCAGCUACUGGCCAAAACCGACACCAUUGACAUCAACAGUCGGCACGGCUGCGUCCUGGCCAUGGGGGAGAUAACCCUAGCGCUGCGUAUGCUGGAAAUGUCCAGCAAUCCGACUGUUGUUUACCUCUCCAAUCAGCGCAUUGUGGAGCUAAAUGAGCUGCUGAGAAACUUUCAAAUGAAGAACUUUUAUCGCGGCAUGAGCGGAGAGCUGCUGAAGUCCAGCACAGCCGAUUUCAUCCGCAACUGCAGUCUGGCCCAGCUGCAGGUGACGCCCGACUGCUUGCUGUCCUGGCAAUCGGUCAUAGACUUGUGCUUGAUCACCAAAAACCCAGCCAUACGUGAGUCUGGUGUGGAGGCGUUCGCCGAGCUCUGCCGCGCCUACUACUGCGUGGACAAUCGCAGCGAUCAGAAUGAGGCCAUCAUUAGAUCGUAUCUGAGGGGCGCUGAAAACGAUCUGGAUGAGCACAUACGCAUGGGCUACAUAGCCGCCUUGGGUGUGCUGCCCUCGUUUAUGCUGCGGCCACAUCUGUCUGCUGUGCUGGAGAGUCUCGUGAAGCAUUCGCUGACACCGCUGCAGGCAGUACUGGCUGGUGAUAUGGUCCACCAGGAGCAUGAGAAUAUCCAGACCUAUCGCUGGAGCGAGGCGCGCAUGGAGAGCAUUAAAGCUUUGACCAAGGUGGUCCAAGCUGUGGGCUAUGAAGGAUCAAUUGACACCUUUUCGGAGCCCGCAAACUUCGACAAAGUCAUCGUCUGCCUGCUGCGUGCCCUGGAGGAGUAUACGCUGGACAAUCGUGGCGAUAUUGGCGCCUGGGUGCGUGAGGCAGCCAUGCAAUCGCUCUACCAAAUAAUCACUCAGUGUCCACCGGCUAUGCUCUCGCCCGAGCAUGUUCAUCAGAUUGUUGUGGGCUUCAUGCAGCAGGCGGUGGAGAAAAUCGAUCGUACGCGCGGUCUGGCCGGACGUCUUUGCUGCAAGUUGAUCCAUGCCGAGCCACGCAUACCGCAUAUAAGAGAGCAUGAGAAACUCCUGGAGAUAUUCCCCUCGGAUGUGAGUUCCGUGCUCUGGCUGUUUGCCGAUCACACAUUCCCCUUGUUCUGCCAGUUGCUGGGCCUGCCGGAUUACUCAAAGCGCGUGCUGUUGGGUCUAACUGCCAGCAUUGGCCAACUGACGGAAUCUCUGAUCAAAUAUGCUUCCACAGCUUUAUUCCAAUUUUUACGUUCCAAUCCGACGAUGGUGCCGCGCCUGUGCGCGGAGAUUGUGGAGAUCUUUCAGGAGAAUUUACUGAAUGAGCGCGUGACCUAUCCCAUGUUGAGUUUCCUGGACAUACUCAUUGGCUCGGGCACCACGGACAUGGUGCUGCAUGACGAGUCCAAUUCGUUUGUCGAGGACAUCUAUCGCCUGCUCAAUCUGGAGGUCAAAGGUUACAAGAAAUUGUACAAGACAGCCACGAGCAUCAGUGCCUUUUGUCAGCUCAUCCAAGUGCCGCGACUCAGCAAGCGUGUGCUCUCGAAAUUGUCAGUAUUCCUGGGACUGCAGCAUGUCCAUGUCCGCAAAACGGCGGCCACAAAGCUGUACGAGGCAUUGGCACUGCAUGGCGAUGUCACCGAUAUACCCGAGGAUAAUAUGGAUGAAAUUCUGACACUCCUCUCGGAGACAGACUGGACCAUGCCCCUGGUGGAGGUGCGUCCGUUGCGGAAUCAACUCUGCCAGUUGAUGGGCAUUAAGCCACCACUCAGUGGUGCAGCAGCAGCAGCUGUAGCAGCCUCUGCAGCUGCAGAUAAAUGAAUUUCAGCACAAGUUUAACUUAUUUAUUUAUCCCUGUGUAUU